ACAAUUCAUGUUGCUAACAAAUUGGGUCAGCUUCCACCCUGCACACGUUUUGUGCCACUUGGUUCCAUCGCUUGAGUGGUCCCUUUCGAGGAUUGCAAUUUUGCAACUUGGCCGUUUUGUCAACUUGGCAGUUUUGUCACCGCGCAGUUUGUCAAUUUGGCAGCUCUGUCACAUUUGUCACCUUUGUUCGUGCCGCUAAGCAUGCACGCUCCUUUCCGCGCGCAGUGUUUGUCUCGCGGAGGCCUCCCUGCCAAAUCCGCGCGCUCGCGUGGGGAAGGAAGGUUCCCUUGAGGGUAGCUGACAGCCCCCCCGCACUCCCUCCUCGCUAAGAGUAAGCGACUACGCGUGUCCGGAGAGGCAGACGUGUGGUCCACAGAAGAGCGCAGCUGCGUGGCGACAGUAGCGCAGCCGCAAAAACGUAGCCGCUUAGCUGCUAACCCGCUUACCCGCAAACCCGCCUGGCCGCCUUGCCGAACUUUCCCACGUGUGCAGCGCAGGGAAACAUGGCGGGAGGAAGCCCCCCCCCAAAAAAAAAAAAAUUAAAAGCAAGCGAGGCCGCCCAGUGCAAAGGCAGUGGGGAAAAGGAGGCCCACCCGAUGGAGACAAAUUUUCUCGCAACGAAAAAUAAGAAAAAGGGAAAAUUGGAAAAUUACACUUGCGGAAAGGUCUGGCUGUACAAAAAAAUAAACAGCUUAUACGCAAAUUUAAACAUUUUUAAGAUGAGCAUCCAAAGGGGUGACCAUCGAGAGGAGAAGGGGGAGCAUCCGAUAAUCACCAUGAUGAGGAAGAAGAGAGGCGAAGCGCAACGAUACACACAAGAACAAAAAAUUAUUAAAACGAAAAAAAGAACAUUCGCAGACAUUUCGAAUGAAAACAAUGCAGAGGCAGAAAGGACGGCAGGAAAGAGCCAUCCUAGCACCUUCCAACAUUUGGAAAUAUUAACAUCGUUACUCCUUAUUUACCAAUUUUACACGACGGAUGAUGGUAGUGGGGAGAUGGGGUUCCCCCCCGUGGGGAGCACACAUGAUGCCGCUCCGUACAACGUCGCUCUACAAGGGAAGGGAGAAAAAAGUGGCACAGAAAAUGGAGGCAUUAAAAAUUACACAUUUCAGGAGAGCGAAAAAUAUAACAAAAGUUUAAGUGAAAUCUUCUCCUCCAUCGUAAAUGACAAGUGCGGAUUCUUUUUUAUGUUCAACACCGUUUUCUUUACGAACUUAAAAAAUUUUUACUAUUUCGUAGACGUUAUGAACGUCUUAAAUUAUUUGGGGCACGGCAAGAGCAUCACUAAGAGUACCACCAAUAGCAUCACCAAUAGCAUCAGCAAGAGGGGUGGCCACACCGAGAGGGACGUUUUGAUAUACGAGCAGAUUGCCUUGUUCGUGGAAAACUCCUACAGCUGCUUCGGAGAGGAUGCAGAUAAUGGCGGCAACGUGUGUACCUUCGGGCAGGGGUGUCCAGGCGGGAAUAUCACAAAGCCAACGAGGGAAAAUAAAACCAAAUCGGCUAAGCUGGAAAAGAUAAAAAAUAAAUUAAAGGCUCUCAAGAGGGAGAAGUCCCACGAAGAGCUGCUCUUCCUCUCCAUGAACGAAUGCAAUAAGAAGAUAUUCCACCAGUUUAGUAAAAUCCCGGAUUUGUUUUUGGACAUUUCUGGGAUGAGUGAGUACAGCAGGAGUGACCCCUCCAGGGGGAAACACUCCCCAAGUGACUAUGCUCCGAGCGAGGUCACUCUCGCGCAGAGCAAGAGCAGCACCGAAUUGAGCAAACUCACCCUGGGGAGGAAAAACACCCUUUUGCCGCACAACCAAAGUGACUACGCUAAGUGCGGCACGUACGAAGAUUUAAGAAGCGGCAGUCUUCACCUUUUGAAAAACUCCCUUUCGAUAAAGUCCGCGGGGAAACCAUCUGGCGGGGGUCUCCACAAGAACAGGUUGAGCAGCCAGGCCAGUGGCGGCAAUGAACCGAAUGGGAGAAUGUCACCCCUGGGCGGCCAUCCCAAUCGGAAAAGCGCCCCACUUGAUGACCCAAAUGAACACCCGCAAAAGGGCUACAUAAAGAAUUUUUUCGCCAACUUGUUUAAAAAUGGACAGGCAGACGAGCAUCCGAAGGGAGCUGCACUUCCUGCUGGCGGCGAAGGGGACAGCCCUCCUGAGGGGACAAACGCAAACGGCGCAGAGCAUCACAGCGAAGGGACUACCCCAGAAAAUGAUCACCUCCAAAUUAGCAAAGCAGAAAAGGGUAGCACUCCUCACGUAGGAAGCAACACAAGGGGUGGGCGGGAAAACCUCCCAGAGGGGGAUGAAGCCAAAAGUGAAGAAGCCGAAAGUGGCGAAUCCAGAUGUGGCGAAUCGGGAUGUAACGAAGGAGAAGCACAACAAUCGGAUGGCAGCCAAUUAGAAGGGGGGAGCUUCACAGUUAGGGAGCCAAGUAAUGUGGCGCCUCCGAGCGAGCAGUCUGCAGAACAAAGCGGGGAAAGCUCUUCUCUGUCGCAGGAGUCUGCAGAAGAGGAGCAGAUGGAGAGCGAGGCGGAGAAUGGUGUAGCGGCCGAAGUGGAAGGAGCCGACGUGGAAGGAAACGAAGUGGAAAAAACCGAUGGGGGCAAAAUUGAUGAGGGCAAAACUGAGCAGGACCCAACGGCCAACCCUAACAUGGCGGACGAAAGGGACAUUCAACAGAAGGACGCGAAGGAGAGUUGCCACCCCCAAUGUGACAGUGAAAACGGCGGAGAAGCAACGGAGAUGUCCCCACAAGAAAUUUUAUCACCCCCCCCGCAGGUAGAAAUGAGCCAAGUGAACAAAACGGAGAAUCACGACGGUGAAGAAGUGGCCGCGGCACUUGGGGGCGACUCGCAUGAGCAGGACCCACUCGAAUGUAACCAAAGGGAGGAAAAUACAAUUAAGGAGAAGCUUAAGGAUGAGGGGAAAAGCGACCCCGAAAUGUUUAAAGAGAGCGGAAAAGAAACGCUUUCACAAAGUCUGGAGCAGGGAGAUGGUCUCCCUAAAUGUAGAAAUGAGAAUGAGAACAAAUUAGCGGACUAUGCAGAGAGUGGAGAUUCCCCAGGACAGGUGCAAAAUGGGGGAAGUGCAACGGAAGGGGGGCAGUCGGGGAGUAGUAACCCCCAUGGGGAGGCAGAGGUCAGCGCGCAGAGCGGAGCUGCAAUGGUUACCAUAGGAGGAGAGGCAAAAGACGCUGCUAUUGUAGCAGGGCAGGGAGAACAGGAGGCGGGCCCUCCAGAUGAGCUCGGCGAAUGUAAGAGCGGGCAUGAUGGUAAGGAAAAGGCCAGCGAUGGUGAGUCUGCCAAGGGGGAGGCAGCUUCGAUCGAGGGAGAAGCAGCUUCAAACGGGGGAGAAGCAGCUUCAAAUGGGGAAGUCUCAUCCAAGGAGGACCAAACGGAGGAACACGGCUCCCCGGAGCCCCCCCAAAAAAAACAGCGCACAGAGGAGGCACCAAAUGCGGACAGUGCGAACGCCCCAGAGGGUGAUCACUCCGCUUCGAGUGACGAAGAGGGUGACGAAGCGGGUGAUGAAGAGGUGGACGAAGAGGUUGAGCAGACGGAUGACGAAGCGGAUGACGAAGCGGAUAACCAAACGGAUGACCAAUCGGACGACCAAUCGGACGACCAAUCGGACGACGAUCAAAUCGUUCAGCUGCUCCAAUCGAACAGAGGCAACGCGGACAAGGGCUGGUACGCGGAGUACCUGAAGAACCUGCUGCAGUGCGACCAGAAAUGCACCCUGGAAAAUCACGCGGAGGAGAAAGACCUGUUCCUCAGGAAGGUUAAAAAAUUGAGCAACCUGGUAAAGUACAAAAAGUUUAAAGAAAAAUACACCCAGGAGUGGGAAGCAAAAAUGGAGCUAUUCAAAUGUAGCAAGUUGAGGAGGGCAUAUAAAAUUUUCCUGGUGAUCUUAUUCUCCAUCGUAAAAGAAAUUAAAGAAUUGAAAAGGGAGCUGAAAGAUAUGAGUCAAUUUGUUUUUAUCAAUUCGGGGAUAGAAAAGUAUCUAAACGAAAAUAACAUCUCGACGGUGGGAAGAAGUAUGGGGAGCGGUGCAGGCGCGAGCCGCUUCGACGAUUACCACCUGGGGGGAGGCGGCGGAAGGGGAAGUGGCAGCGGUAAUAGCGAUAACGUGAUAAACAGCUUCUUCCUGAGGAGGGCGUUCCCAAGUGAAGACCCCGAGAAGGACGGGGGGGGGGAAAAAAAAAAAAAAAAAAAAAAAUACAUCUCCUAUGUCCCUCUGCAAAACUAUCACAUCCUAUUCCAAUCGCUAAAGGAAAUAUUCAGUGAGCAAAAUGCGAAAGACAAGUUGGCAAACAUUUCAUACUACAUCGAGCUGGAAAAAUAUAUUCCCCACUACUGCAGCUUAUUUUUUGGCCAAUUUAAAAUUAAGAGGCAAUUCCUAUCGCACAUUCAGAGUUUGUAUAACAACGCAGUGCCGAGUGUACCCUGCGUAAACAUGUUCAUCUCCUGCUUAAAUUAUAACUACUCCAAUGUGCUUAAAAAGAAAUCCGUUUUUCUCUGCGAAGUGAAUAAUAGCUACUUGGCGAGACUCCCCUGCGUGUACUGUUGCGACGUUCAAAUUGUGAGGCAUGUAGAUUUUUUAAAAUUAAAAGAAACAUGCCAAAGGAUUAUUAAGCAGAAGAAAAUUCACCAACUCUUUGUCGAGCACCUUUCGUCCUCCUUACUAGACGAAUCGUAUUUUAUUGUUCCCUUUUUUACUUCCUAUGGGAAAUUUAUAAUCGUUAUAAAAAGCAACAGGAAUGGUAACCCGGAAGGUUCGCCCACGGAUGUUUUGCAAAAUAAGAAUUGCAUUACUUAUGAUAUCCUUAUUAACAGUUUUGUCUUUCCCAAUGGAAGUAGCUUCCAAGCCAUUGUUCACCUGUCUCAUGUCUUCAUAAACACCCUGCGAGAUUUUUUCAAGACGAGGAAUUCCGAUGAGAACAUCCCCGAGAUUGCCUUCCUCGGCUUGCCCCACGUGGACAAGCAGCGGCUCCUGCACCACGAGAUUGAGUCCGCGGCCAACCGCGCGGACAUCAUCGUUAGUGUGCUCUUCCUGCUCGAGUCCUUCUUCAACAACACGAAAAAGAUGAAGGCCCCCGCGGAGUUCAACCAGGGACUGCGCUUCCUCUACAUCAUCAGGCUGCUCGAAUUUUUCCACCAAAAGGGGAAUCCGUGA